GCGGUUCAGUCACCCGAAUGCCGUGAGCGGGGGAGGACGUACGGCCGGUGGUUCUCGGAGUGCAGUGCGUGUGUAUGUACGUGUGCGGCCCGCCAGCGAGGGUGCGCAAGCGAGUGAAGUUCACCAUGACCAGCAACAGGCCAGUGAUGUGAUGGUGGUGAUGAAUUUCCGUGAUAGUAACCACAAAGCAAAGAGAUAAGCCAAGAAAGUGCAACAAUGUGAAAACUCGAGGACGCGCCGAUUGGUAAGAAGCGACAAUGGUUUUCCCGUCGGAGGUGAGGGUCAGGGGGCAGGGAAGGCACCAUGGCUGAGGCGGCAGGCACUCAUCCUCGGUCCGGGGCCAGAAUAAGGAUCAAGGCGCCCUAAGAUCUGACCCACUGAAGAUGAUGACCUCGGUGCCCACCUUACACGUGGGCAACCUCACUUGGCCCCAUGGCACCGACAAGGGGGAGGAGGCACUGGACUAUAAUAUCAUGGAGGGACUGUCCGCGUCCUCCGUCCUUCCCCCGGAGUCUUUCCUUGACCUGCAGUCCACCCGGGGCCCCGCAGCAGUGCCCCAUCCGUUCCCUGAGGGCGGGUGGGUGGUGGGCGUGGGCGUGGAGCGGGCGUGGCAAGACAUCUUGGUGCUGGUGCUCAAAGGCCUCGUCAUGUCCGUCGUCAUCAUCGCGUCGGUACUCGGGAACCUCUUGGUCAUCGUGUCUGUUGCCCGGUAUCACAAGCUACGCGUCAUCACCAACUACUUCGUCGUGUCCAUGGCCCUGGCGGACAUGCUGGUGGCGCUCAUGGCUAUGGUGUUCAACGCGAGCGUGCAGCUAACACACACAUGGCUCUUCGGGCAGCUCAUGUGUGACCUCUGGAACUGCAUGGACGUGUACUUCUCCACCGUCUCGAUCCUACACCUUUGCUGCAUCUCCAUAGACAGGUACACCGCCAUCGUGCAGCCUCUCGACUACCCACUGCGGAUGACGACGCGAACAGUGAGUCUGAUGCUGGCCGUGGCGUGGCUCAGUCCCGUCUUCAUCUCCGUGGUGCCCAUCUUCCUCGGCUGGUACACGACACAGGAGCAUCUGGACCGUCUCGCCUCCACGCCCGGCCUUUGUGAGUUCCGCGUGAACGUGGCCUACGCCGUGGUCAGCUCCAGCGUGUCCUUCUGGAUCCCCGGUGUUAUCAUGCUCGUCAUGUACUUCAAGAUCUACCGCGAGGCUGACCGGCAGGAGAUGAUGGUGUUCCGGUCGACGGUGGCCGCGCUGCUCCUCAACAAACACCUGCACAUCAACGGCAUGACGCGCAGCUCCGUCAAGAUCACGGACGACGCCCCAAGCACCACAAGCGCGGCCGGCGGGGGGUGUUCCAAGGAGCCGAAGAAGGCGCCCGACCCGGCAGAUGGGGAGGCGGUGUGCUCGGGGGUCCAUCAUAACGGCAUGCCAGCGUUCGAAUCCACCUGCCCUGGGAGUCUUGACCCACACCUGCCCCCUCCGCCCUCCGUGGUAGCUCGAGUUGACCUUCCGCAGAGUGAUGAGUCCACGCCUACGCCCACUCCCUCGCCAGGCAGCACCCCGAUUUCCAGACGCGGGAGAGCGGGUGUGAAAAGGCGCUUCCUCGGCGUAGGUGUGAGGAAGAGCUCGACGGGCGUGGGUCCUGACGGGAUGGUGAACGUGGUGGCGGCCCCCCCGGAGGUGAAGAAGAAGCAGGCUACAGCGCUACACAAGAUGAAGAGGGAGAGGAAGGCUGCCAAGACCCUCGGCAUCAUCGUGUCCGUGUUCCUGCUGUGCUGGCUGCCCUUCUUCACAUGGUACAUUGUGUCCGCGCUUUGUGGCGACGCGUGUGCUGUCCCGGAGUGGCUCGUUACUGUCCUCUUCUGGAUCGGGUACUUCAACUCAACUCUCAACCCCAUCAUCUACGCCUACUUCAACCGGGACUUCAGAAAGGCAUUUCGCAAGACCCUAGCCCACUACGGUCUUGACUGUGCCGUGUGUCGCCGCUGCAUUCCUCGCAUCCGCUGCUGUGGCAAGGGUUGUCGCCGCAAGGGGCUGGCCAGGUGCGUGGGCUUCGGUGCGGGCCAGGACACUCCCUCCUCGGAAAUACAGCCUCGGUCGGCCCUUAGCUCAGAGUAUUGCCAUAUCGAAAUGACUACAAUCGACAAGGUGGCCAAGAUAGGUGUUGAUCACUAAUGUACCUUCUAUAGGAGGAGCAUUAAGGUGCUCUGGACGGUGAGGGAAAAUGUUUUCUCCGAGUGUGAUUCGAUGGCGGCUCAUGACGAGGUGCUGCAUCGGGACGAGUACUGACAGUGGACGAACAAAACCGUUGUGACCUCAAGACUUCGCGCACAGGUUCGGUUCACUGGGGGUUCCUUGGUGUGGCAGCCAGAAUCAAAACACUAGACGUCUAAAUGUGUAGUCAGACAAAGAUGUUUUCUAUUAACCUGAUACAAAUAAUGACGUAUAGAUUAUAGAAACAGGGUGACCUGUUGCUGGUAUGUGCAUAGUUCACAAACUCUUAGGUAUUAUUAAGAAAGAAAUCUAUAUUGUUUUCCCAAAGAGAAUAGAUUGAUAUUGUAACUCGAUCUCGUAGCUCCGUGUUACCUAACUGUGUUCCCUAGAAGAGGACCAGCCUCUCUAGCGAGGUCUAGGAGACUCUCUUGGGAUUUCUUGCCACCGUCCGAACUAGAAAAAGGAGACGAGGUGGUUGGCUGACGGCUGUAAGUAGACGGUGAUGUAGCGACCCUACCUACGCCCUGGGCCAAUCAUCAUUAGUUUGGACGGUGCAAGACUUUCCCCAAGAGUAGGAGAAACUGUAUAGUCUGAAUAGCUGUUAUUAGUCACCUAAGUGUUAGUUUCGCUGUGAUCUUAAUGUUAUUGUGUCAGCAUUGGCAGGUAACAGUAAGUACAUGCCGUGUAGAUGAAUGUAAAUGCACAAAAUUAAUGUCGAAACAGUAUUUUUAGCAAAAAUAUAAUAUAUUCAGA